CAGCGUAAGACUUUGACGAAACUAAAACCAGAUCCCGACGGUGGCGAUGACAACUGGUACGGGUAACUGGAUAGAAACCGAAAUGGCAAUAGAAGAACUUGGGUGCGCCCAGCAUCGGGUGAAAAUUAAAAUGAAAACGAAAGCCCAUCUCGAUGAUUAUGAUGAUUAUAGUGGAUAGUGGUGAUGAUGAUGUUGAUGGGUGGUUUGGAAAUGUUAAUGAAACGCCUUUUGUUCGCCAAAGAUGGCUUACAUCGUAUAAAAGACUUGGUCUCCGAUCGAUCGGACAUCAGUCGCUGCUCAUCGGCUCUCAAGGCGUUUUUUUUUGGAAUUGGUAUCAUCGCAUCAAGUGGAUUAGUAGUCAGCAUGAAGGUCUUCGUUUGCAUGUGUGCUCUGUUCGCUGUGGCCAACGCUGGCUUCCUGGGUCUCCUCGGAGGAGGCGGUGGUGGCGGUGGUGGCGGCGGUGGACCUAGCCUGAAGGCGGGCAUCAGCCUGAGCGGCAAUGGAGGAGGCGGUGGCUACGGAGGCGGUGGCUACGGAGGUGGUGGCCAUGGGCACGGAGGCCAUGGACCUAGUGGCCCCGUCCAGGUGGUCAAGGUGAUCCACCAGCAGGGCGGCGGCGGCGGUGUCGGCUACUCCUCCGGCGCCUCCUAUGGCGGCGGCUACUCCUACGAGGCUGCUCCCCAGGUCUACAAGGUUAAGGUAAUUUCUGGCGGCAGCAGCGGCGGUAGCUACGAACACGCACACGCCCCCGCCCCCGUGAAGGUCAUCAAGAUCCUGCAGGAAUCCGCACCCAUUGUGAGUGCCCCGCUGGUCGAGAGUGCGCCCCAAAUCGUCAAGGUGGUGAAUGUGGCCUCCGGACACGGGGCUGGACCCUCCUUCAUCGGUGGCGGCUCCUCUUCGGGCGGCGGUGCCGUCUCCCAGGUCAUCAAGGUCGUCCACGAGAGCCACGACAGCGGUGUCUCAUCGGGAGGCUACUCUUCGGGUGGCUACUCUUCUGGUGGAUACUCUUCCGGAGGCUACUCCUCGGGUGGUGCCACCAAGGUGGUGCGUGUGAUCCAUGAGCAUUCCGCUGCCGGUCCAGCCUAUGGCCCUGCCCCUGCACCCAUCGAUCUGCCCGCUCCAGUGUACUCAGCUCCAGCUCCUGCUCCAGUGUACUCAGCUCCAGCUCCUGCUCCAGUUUAUGCCGCACCUGCUCCAGUGUACUCAGCUCCAGCUCCUGCUCCAGUUUAUGCUGCACCUGCUCCAGUGUACUCAGCUCCAGCUCCUGCACCAGUUUAUGCCGCACCUGCUCCAGUGUACUCAGCUCCAGCUCCUGCUCCAGUUUAUGCCGCACCUGCUCCAGCUCCAGUUUAUGCCGCUCCAGCGCCAGCUCCCGCUCCCGUCCUUAGCGUCCCCCAUCCCGCUCCUGCACCCCUCUUCGCGCCCGAGGAGCAGUCCCUGCCCAUCGGCCACGCCCCCGCCCAGACCUACGGCCCACCAGCGUACUAGGGUCACCAAAAGUCACCAUCCACUUGGAGGACCUUCCUGCUAACUACAUAGAGAGCAUAUUACCAUUCCUACACAACGCCAUGAGUUAAUUUAAGACAUUUUUUUUACCACAUUUUUUUGUUAGAAAAUACAUAGACAAUUCCAAAAAAAGAAAUCUUUGUCUUAAUUAUUUAAAAGUUUUUAACUGGGAAGUGAUACUUAAAACCUGUAAGGGUUAUUACUUGUAAUAAUGUUAGUUUCAGGAACUGGAACUAUUUUUUUAAAAAAUUUGUUUUAGUGAAACUGAAUUUUAUAGUUUAGGGCAUUAUUUUAUUUUAAAUACUUAUUAUUUACAUUUAAGCUUUAGCUUCAAUUAGUUCUUUAUGUCAUUUAGGUAAUUUUAAUUUACCUCAUUUAUAGAGU